CUGGUUAAAAAUAAAGUUGGCAGCACGCUUGCAGUCUAAUAUAAAUUUAUUAGUUUAAAUUCAAAAAUAAAAUUGAAGGGGUAUUUGGCCAUUUAGAUAAUAAUGCCACAGGCCAUAUGAACGAUUUAAAAAUAUGUGGUUCUCUUUGGAAAAUAAUUGCCAGGCCAGAUUGGCACUAAAUUGAAAGAAAAUUGUUUAAUCGGAUGAAAUAAAAUCGCGGGUUGGAUACAUUCGAUUUCCAUAACUUGAACAUAUUAAAACAUUUUAUUUUUGUGACGUGCUGGUUAGUUUUUGUGAAAAAUCAAUACAUGAAUGUUUUUUGUGUACUUGAGUGCUUAAGAGUUUGCAGCAAGUUUGUUAAACAAAAGCACUUCGUAGACGCUAGCUCACGCGCACAGGAUACCACAGUCCGCGGGGGAGGUCUGCAACACAAAGCGCCACUUUUAACUUUUGCUUUCUACAAAAAGUAAACGCCAGCAAUUUUGCAUUAUUAACUCAAGGCAAAACUUAAUACUCUGCACACGGGUUAAAAAGGAUAUAAAUCUGGUACAAACAACAAACUACAAAGGUUGUUGAGUUGAGGUUAAGCAAAAUGAACGCUGUUACUCAGGAAUUUUGCGUGCGCUGGAACAGCCAUCUUGGUAGUAUUGGAGCCGCUUUUCCGCAGCUAUUAGCCGGUCAAAGAUUUGUUGAUGUUACACUGGCCUGUGAAGGUCACCAGUUACAUUGUCACCGUCUAGUGCUAGCCGCAUGUUCCACAUACUUUGAAGCCAUUCUGGCGGAAAAUCCCUGUAAGCAUCCCGUUAUAAUUUUACCAGGAGAGAUCAAGCUAUGGGAGAUUCAGGCGCUAGUAGAUUUUAUGUACAAGGGAGAGGUAAAUGUCACACAGGCCGGCCUGGGCCAGUUGCUUCGAUGUGCCGAACAGCUCCGGAUACGCGGUCUGUACGGGUCAGAGGCGGCAAUAAAUUACAAUCAGCUUCAACAGAUGCGGAAGGAAACUGUCAUGGACGUAGCCCCAGUCAUCACGAGACUUAAUAAUAUUGACGUGAACGUGACUGAAACUGAAGAUGCAGCUACAAAUUCAACCGCCUCAAUUACUGCUUCGACCACGCAAGCACAGACAGCCAAACAGCACCAGCACCAACAAGAACAACUAGCUCUGCAGCAGCAGCACAAGGAACUGCGCCAACGUCAGCAAGCAAAUGGUGGUAAUACCCUGCAGCUACAGAAACCUCAUAAGCAUCAUCCACAACAGUCUUUAAAUACCGCCUCCUCAGCAACAGCUUCCAACAACUCAAAUGUACCGACCGAAGACGAGUCUGCGGAUGAUGCCUCUAAUAUCUGGAACACAUAUAAUGAUCAUUGCGAUGACUAUAGCUUAUCCGCAACAGCUGAAAAAAACAAAACACAGACGUUCCUCCUUCAGACAAGGUCCCAGCCGCCGAUACAGCUGCAGUCACAAAAUUUGGACACCACCAUCGAAGACGAUCACAAUUAUGUGGCUGCUCAUGAGGCAGACAAUGAAAGCAGUGUAGCCCGAAUUGCAAGCAGCGGGAGCGGCCUUUCCCUUAGCUUUGAUUCAGACACGCCUGCCAAUAUAUCGGCAGGAAUCAUGCAUAGUUCAAUCGAUAGCUACACCUCAUAUAAGCGUGUUCGACGUUCGGAGGCCUCGUUAGCACAAGCGGCCAAAUGUGUUUCAAAGGGCGAAACAUUCCAAACAGUCAGCAAUAUGUUCAAUAUUCCCGUAUCUACUAUUCGUUUUUAUAUGGCGCGAAAAGGCAUUCUUCCGAAGCGAAAACGCGGGCGUGGUGCUUCUCAUGCGGGAAAUUCAUUUACAACAGCGAACGCAGGUACGCUCUCGACUCAAAAUUCUGGCACAGCACAUCACCUGUCUCAAAAUAUGCCUUUAGAUACUGUACUUAAGAGCGGCAUUUCAAACGCGAGCGGAAGCAAUAGUCCAGAGGCGGUAACGGCCACUUUAAAUUUACCGUCCCCAGAUAUAGGCACAACAGCGGCUGGAAUGCCUUUCCAUCACCUUAGCGAUGCGUCGACUUUCAAACUGAGCGAGCAGCACCAAUUAAAUAUGAUCUAACCACGCUGCUUGCCUUUCUUUAGCCUGACAUUAAUGCAGAUAUAGUUUGAGAAUCGAGAGUUUGCAAACGCUUUAUUUUGUGUAAUAUGGUAGAUGGUUGUAUGGAUGGAUAGUAAACCUAAGAUUUGUAUGACGUCUGGUAGAGCAAUCGUAUGGCGACUAGUUUUCUAUGCUUCUUAUACUCUUCAUAAAAAAACCCGCCAUUUUCAAGACAGGAAGAUUCCAUUUCAGAUCGUGGUUAUUUUUUAUAAAAAUUUUACUUGAUCCAGGAAGAUAUUAAUUAAUAUUAAUAGAACGCUAUUCUCAUUAUAAAUUUGCUAUUAAGACUUUCCAGUUUUUCCUUUAUAGUAUUAGCAGUCAGUGGGGAUUAGGUUAGUAUUUUGCAAAUCUCAUUUUGCAUAUUAUAAUUAAAUAAAAAAAAGACUUCUUAUUUAAUUAGUGCAUUUACAACGAGGCGACUUUCUAGAUGUUGUAGUCAUAUGCAAUCAUCGUUCUAUAAGUUUUUAGUAGAUUAUUAACUGUCUAUUCUUAUUCGAAUAUUUUACUUUCAUCACUCGGCUAAGGUGUGCGAAAGUAGUCACCUAACAAACAUAAAAACCCUUA